GAUAAGGGUACUUGACAAGGAUCCCGCACUUUAUCUGAAAGGAUCCACAGGUAGACACCGUUUUAAGUGAUCUGUUAAAUGGCGGCCGAGCAGGAUAAUCGCAAAUUGUGGAGACCGGAGUGGAAACGAGAUGUGGUGUAUCUCCACGUGUUCCCCCGUGAGAACGCCAAAUGUCUCCCCAACUUUUCUCCUUACGCUAUGAAACUGGAAAUGUGGCUUCGCCUGAAUGACAUACCUUAUGUGGUCAUAGACCAUAGCGGAUUCUCGAGGAAAAGGCAGAACCCAUUCAUUCUGUUCAAUGAGGAGGAGAUACCAGAUACUAACUUCAUCAUAGAGAUGUUGUCGGCGUAUUUCAACAAAGAAAUUUACCCGGAUGCGUCCUCCGAACUCAGGGCAGUUGGGAGAUCUUUCUUAAAAAUGGUGGAGGAAAACACAGCCUGGACUAUAUACUGGUACCGUUACGUCCACCACCUGCCGGAGUAUAUGAAAUAUGUGAAAUUUCAUGAUGACGAGGAGAUGAACGAAAAGGCUGGAAAGGAUCUCGGAAAAUAUGUGAAAGACCGAGCUUGGAGCCAUGGCAUUGGUCGCCAUAGUAACGAAGAAAUCUACAAGAUAGGGUGUGACGACGUCAGAGCUAUUUCAACCUUCCUUGGACCGAAGAUAUAUUUUCUCGGAAAUACACCAACAUUGGUAGACUGCACUCUGUUCGCCGUCCUGACCCAGAUUACAUGUGUCCCAUUGGACUUUCCAAUGAUGAAGGUUAUCCGUGAGGAAUGUCCGAACUUACUCGACUAUAUUGAAAGGCUGAAGGUCAAGUGUUGGCCUCACUGGGAUGACCAGAAGAUAUAACAACAAAUACGACACACGUCUAUUUUCUCCCUGUGCCGGACAAACAGAGUAUAACAUGUUUUACCCACAUGCUAUUUAUUCCGAUGUGGUUUCUUUUAGUAGACAAUAAGUCCAAUGUAAUAUAUUUUUACCAAAAUGAGUUAUUCCAGUGCAGUCUAUUUUCACAAGACUUUAACUCCAUUAUAAACUAUUUUUAACAGAUAUCAAUUCCAUUUAGCGAUCUUACUUUAUCCGUUCACAUUAGUGACAGGUUUACAUAUAUACAGUACUGUCUAAUGUUCAUACUCUGUAAUGUUGGCUAUGAGUUUACGUAGACUUUCAGUGACAGCGGUAUUGCAGAAAUUACUGAGUUACCAAGAGUGACCUGCUCCUUUUUCGUAGUUUUCUUGUCCGAUUUAUUACAUACUUACUAAUAAAUACGGUGUUUUUUCUUUGUACAUGGAAUACGACACAACCCAUAUCAAACCCGUAUCACACCCCUUUUCUAAUUUUCCCCAUCUACCACCAGCAACGUCAUUCGGAACCCCUUUAUAACAACGGUUUAGCAAUGACUGAUGCUGGAAACGGCGACGACUGGGGGUAGAGCAAACACUGUAGUCUCGUGACAGCGAUUCGGAUUAAAGUAAGGAAACCUACUGAAUCAAAAUCACUACAAAUGUUAUAAAUAUAUUAUAAUCGA